AUGGCAGACUUUUGGGAUUUUGACACUAUUGAUGUUGAAAUAGAUAAGGAUUUUAAGAAAAAGCAAACUAGUAGAUGCGCUGACGUGUUUUUCAUGUGUCCCAAUGAGGCUGGUGAAGAAGGUGAUGACUUCAUAAACCCUAAAAUUGAACAUAUUGAAGACUAUGUUGAGCUAAAUGAAGAUGAUGUUGUGGAGGAAGAAGAUCAUUUUAACAUAAAUCGAGAAGGGAGUGGGUCUGAUGAAGUAACUAGGACUGAUGAAGAAGUAUUAAGUGAAAUUGACCAAUAUUAUGAGGUUGAGUUUGAUUACAACACUCACGAUCUAAAGGUUAAAUGGAACAAGAUGAAACCAAUUCUUGGACAGAUGGGCUGGUAUGUCCAUCCUAGUGGUGCCAGUGCUUUUGAAGUGAAGAAUGAUUUUCACUCUUAUGGAUUUGACUUAAGAGGGAUGUCAGUACCAGAGACUCUAGAAGAUGGCCUUGUAGAUACUCAGUCUCAACAUGAGCAGAGUGAAGAUGAGGAGGAGGGUAUUGAUGAUACCCAUGAAGUCAUGAGGAAGGACACCCAAGAACUCAGGAGGAGGACCAACCAAGGAAUCAGGAGGAUGGAGCCAUCAGAGAGGAUCAUUGAUUUGAAGUUAAAGAAGUAG